AUGCCUCACGCAACCCAACAUCCAGCUCUUGCGCUCGCCACCUCUCCCACGAAAACAUCGGUUACGCCGAAUGGUAAAGUUCGAUCUGAUAGCUUUAAGAGCGUUCACGAAAGGAAGGACCUGCAGCAAGCACAUGCACUGAACCCACUCGACCCUUUUGAAGUUGACGGUACACCCGUGAACGAGUGUUCAACUGCAGCACCAUCCGAAUAUGACCUCGAAGAGCUGAGAUCAACCCUCACUGAAGCCAGGAAAACCAUGUAUGCUGCUAUGAAGAGAUACAGCGACCUACACUGGAUCGGCGAGCUUAUUUACGAGCUCCCAAGUUCACCUCAGGUCUAUGCCGUCUCGGAAGCUCCAGUCGAGGAAUCAGAUCACCCAGCACGGGAGACCCUAGCGAAAGCGCCACUUCCUCGCGCCAAACCAGACCCUGUUUCUUACGACGAAUUCAUCAAGAUGCUGGAAGAUGGAGGCUUUACCUGGCUGCUAGAACACGUAGACAAACUCAACAGCAUGGACGACUUCGCCGUCGCUCUCACUGCCAACCCCGAGCAAAAGCGCUGCAUCGUUGGGCGACCAAGGGGUAAGAUCUUGAAGAAAGAACAAACUGACGAUCUUGAAAAAAGGAUAUGCUGUAUGCAUAAAGGUGGUGAAGAUUUUCGUCGGCAGGUUGUUGACCACGGGCGAGACCCAUGGAAGUGUUGGCCACCAAAUGCUGAUGAGGACAAGGAAGUGGUUACGAAGUAA